AUGGAUAACACCGACCGUCGUCGCCGUCGUAAGCAACACAAAGUCACUCUCCAUGACUCUGAAGAAGUGAGCAGUAUUGAAUGGGAGUUUAUCAAUAUGACAGAACAAGAAGAAGAUCUCAUCUUUCGAAUGCAUAGACUUGUCGGUGAUAGGUGGGAUUUAAUAGCAGGGAGAGUACCAGGAAGACAGCCAGAAGAGAUAGAGAGAUAUUGGAUAAUGAGAAACAGUGAUGGCUUUGCUGAGAAACGACGCCAACUUCGUCACUCCUCUUCUCACAAAAAUCCGAAACCUCAUCGUCCACGUUUUUCUAUUUAUCCUUCUUAG